AUGGCGGCUCCACGCCCGCCACUUCAUCCCGGCACCAGCCACUGCCCGCUGUCGUCUGCGUCGUCGCACGGGAUGGGCAUCGAGGAGUACUACGAGUUCAUCGGGCCCUACAACAUCGAAAUCCCGCGCAGGCGGCGCUCGUGGCGGCGGAAGGCAUCGGACACUUUACUAGGGUGCUGUAUCCUUCUGCGAAUGCUUGGCGGGCUGGUGCUGACGUUCGGCGGCGGCACGCUCUGGCUCCUCAAGGCGCUGCAGAUGACCCUGUACGGCCUCCUGCUCAUGCCGGGCGUCGUGCGCGCGCUGACGUGGUACAUGACGUCGUACCGCGUGAUUCGGAAGAUCGAGUACGGGAAAGGGCCGCGGAGCUACCUGGAUGUGUAUCUCCCGCCCGCUGAGUCCUUCCCGGGGAUAUCAGGCACGUCGGGGACGUACCGUCUGCCGGUGAUCAUCUACGUGAACGGUGGCGCGUGGAUUCUGGGCCACCGGAUCUACGCCGUGCUCCUCGGGCGGUACUUGUCGGAGCAGGGGGUAGUAUUGAUGUCAGUUGACUACCGCAACUUUCCCCAGGGGACCAUCAGCGACAUGGAGGCGGACGUGGCGCAGGCCGUCGCGUGGGUCCUCCGCGAGGCGGGGCGGUACUCCGGCGACCCCUCGCAGGUCCUCAUCAUGGCGCACGGCUCCGGCGCGCACGUGGCCGCGCAGGCCUUCCUGCAGCAGGCCAACCGCGUGGCGCGGGCGGUGGACCGCGGGGGCGCGCCGAGCAUCGGGCGGUCGCGCGAGGAGCUCGAGCUCGAGCUGACGGGGUGCGCGGGCCAGACGAAGAACGCAGCGGCGGGGAGGGACUCGGGGACUAUUGCGCUCCUGUCAGGCAGGGACGCGGAGCGCGGGGUGCCGCCGCACAUGUGGUCGCCGAACGACCUGCAGGCGUUCAUCGGCGUGUCUGGCGGGUACAGCAUACCCGCGCUCGUCGACACGCUCGACCAGCGCGGGCUCUCGUGCCGCGCGUUCCUCUCGAUCAUGGAGGGCGGGGCGUCGGGCGCGCGCGCGCUCGAGGCCUUGCCGCGGCACUCCCCGGAGCACAUCCUCAAGGCGCCCGGGUUCAAGCAGCGCGGCGCCGUGGCCUUCCUGUGCCCGACCGUGCUUCUGCACGGCGGGUCGGACCGGACGAUGCCGAGUCAGCAGUCAACGUCGUUCGCCAAGGCGCUGAGUCAGGCGGGCCGGACCGACGUGCAGGUGCAGGUGUUCCCCGGGCGGUCGCACACGGACCUCGUGCUCGAGGACGUGCUGCUGAUGGGGGAGCGCGCGCCGCUGAUCCGCCGCGCCAUGCGGUGCGUCGAGGAGAGCUGCCCGCACCGCCCGUUGCCGGAUCGCACGGAGGCGCAGAAGGCGGACGCGAAGGCGCCGUUCAUGGCGCACUGGCUCGUGCAGCUCGCGCGGAAGAUCUCGCCGUUCUGA